AUGGCAGGAACUCCAGCAUCAGAAGCGAAGAAGUUAUGGUGGAAAUUUUGGUUAUUCAUAAAUUUUAUUUUUUACCUUUUACUUAUCGUGACAAUAAUCACAGUUUAUCGUUCACGUGAACAAGGUCAAGCUUUGACAUUAGCUUUUAUCAUUAUUAUGAUUGUAGAGUUAAUACAACGUAUUAUAAUCGUAUAUACACUUC